AUGUCCGAGGCAGGUCCAUCUACACUGCCAUUGCCCGCUCAAACUAGAGUUGCUAAAGCACCUAAAACACCUCGGGCGAAACCCACACCUGUUCCCGUAGGACCAUUCGUCAAACCUGCAGAGGAAGAAGAAAAGACUGUUCAUGAAGUAUAUGAAGCUAUCGCAGGGCACUUCUCACAGACUCGGCAUAAGCCAUGGCCUUUGAUCAAAACAUUCCUUCAUUCCCUUCCGCCCAACGCGCUCGGGUUAGACUCAGGAGCAGGUAAUGGGAAGUACUUGCCUACUUCUAGAGAAGCCGGACUGGAAAUGAUAGCUCUAGAUAGGAGUCAAGGUUUACUGGAUAUAGCUAAGAAUGAGAACCGAGGUGAAUGUGUCAGAGGAGAUUUAUGUUUUAACGGUUGGAGAAAUGGUGUUUUUGACUUCGCCAUAUCUGUGGCUGCUAUACAUCAUCUAUCUACCCCUGAAAGAAGGAUACAAUCUGUCAAAACACUUAUACGUCCGUUAAAGUUGUCACCUGCACCUCCUUAUUCAAGAUUCAUGAUCUAUGUGUGGGCUUAUGAACAAGGCACACUAUCCAAACGAGCCAUGGGCAGCGCAGCCAAUUCUGCUUCUGCUUCUACUGCUACUUCAGACCUCCCACCAGCUGCUCAACCAGGAGAAUCCUCUAGAGUCGAAGAUGCCAAUCAAGCGCAAGAAGUGAAGGACGCAGAUGUGGAAAAGAAAAUACAAGACGUCCUUGUCCCUUGGGUAUAUAGCAAACCUCCUCCUCAUCGUGCAUCUAAACCAGCAACAAAUUCUCUUACAGCAUCAGAACCUGCAGAGAGUAACGUCAUUCCCGAAGAGCCGAAGGUUUAUCAUAGGUACUAUCACCUAUUUCUGGAAGGUGAAUUGCGCGAAAUGGUAGUGCAAGCUGCUAAAGAAGAUGGUUAUACGAUACUUCUUGAUGGAGUGGAUGAAGUAAGAGCUGGAAGAGAAGGAAACAAGUGGAUGAGGAUUAGAGGUGUAGGUUGGGAAGCGGACAACUGGUGGAUCGAAGGUGAAGUUGGUAUAUGA